CCGCGGCGUUACCGCCCCGCCCUGUGGGCCAAUCCCUGGCAGCUGAGUCGAGACGAGACGAGUCGGCCGGGCCGGGCCGAGCGGCGAUGCUGCUGCGGGGACUAAGCCGCCUCCUGAGGGAUCGACGCGCCGCCGGCCCCGGGCCGCGCUGGGCCUCCGGGAUCGCUGCGAUUCGUGAGCAGACACUGGUGGCAGUGAAACCGGACGGCGUCCAGAGGAGGCUCGUGGGAGAAAUUAUCCAGAGGUUUGAGCGACGAGGCUUCCAGCUGGUGGGGCUGAAACUAGUGCAGGCUCCCCAUGAUGUGCUCUCCGCUCACUACCAUGACCUGGAGGAGAAGCCCUUCUACCCGGCGCUGAUUGAGUACAUGAGCUCAGGACCGAUCGUCGCUAUGGUCUGGGAAGGACACGACGUGGUGAGGGUGUCUCGUGUGAUGGUGGGCUCCACCAGCCCUGCCCACGCCCUGCCCGGGACCCUCCGCGGAGACUUGUGUGUCCACAUCAGCAGGAACGCGGUCCAUGCCAGCGACUCGGUUGAAGUUGCCAAGAAGGAGAUCAGCCUGUGGUUCCACCAUAGCGAGCUGGUUGAGUGGCAGUGUUGUGCCCACAGCAACCUCUACAAGGUAUGAGCACCCAGGAAACGCCCACAACACAGCUACCUCCAACCGUGCGGCCACGAGAUACUCCUCCUGCGGCCACACAAUCCACUAACACCCUGUAAACAACGAUCUGCAAUAAAAUGGUUCCACACCA